AAAAUCCACUUUAUCUGGAUCAAACCGGAGGUCCCUAAAGGUAAAUACAGCAUUCCACUUCUGAUGCUGCACGGGUACCCAGGGUCCGUGCGCGAGUUCUACGACGUUAUUGAUGACAUCAUCAAGCCCACUGGCCGGGACUUCGUGGUCGAAGUCGUGAUCCCUAGCUUUCCUGGAUUCGGUUACUCAGAUGCUACCAACUACCCAGGACUCGGUACUGCAGAGAUGGCGUUCAUAUUCGAGAAACUGAUGACCAGAUUGGGUCACGAGCGGUUCUACGUCCACGGGGAGACGCGGGGCUGUCAUAGGAAAUAACUUGGCCACCUUCUUCCCUGAAAAAGUUCUAGGUUACCACUCGACCAUGGCUGUGGCGACGACAGAUGAAGCACUAUCUCUCAUCACCGCGGGGUCGGUGUACCCGGCGGCCCUCAUGUCAGCCGACCUGAUCAGCCGCUUGUACCCGUUGAAGAACACGUUGCAGUACCUCGCGCAGGACUUCGGCUACUUCCACAUACACACUGCUAAACCUGAUGCUAUUGGAUUGUGCGUCGGCGAAACUCCCACGAGUCUCCUGGGCUGGUUCCUGCAUUUGUUCUCUAUAUUUAGCAGGAGAACUAACGGCGACGAUCCCAUGGGAGGGCUGGAGAUAUACUCCCGCGACCAGAUCAUUGACAACCUUAUGAUCUACUGGGACACUGAGACAGCCACCACCUCCAUCAGAAUGUAUGCGGAAACCAUCAAUUUGAGGAAUCUCCGCUCAGGAUAUUUCAGAGUUCCCACGCCAGUUCCGACUAUCGCUGUGCAAGCUCUGGGCGAGAUAUUUUACAUGCCUCCAGCAGCUCUGAACACCAAGUUCACCAACCUUGUGGCGGUGGACGUCCUCGACGACUACGGACACUUCCUUGCUUUGGAACAGCCGAAAAUCUUUGUGGAGUUGCUGCUCAGUGGUCUACAGAGGAUCAUCCAGUUCAGCAAACAGAACAUGAAUGGAGAUGCAGAAGGCGGCAACUAUGUUUAGUUUGAGCAUUAAAUUGUAUACUUAAGGAAUAUUUCUAGAAAGAAAUGAAUUUAAUUUGAAA